UUUACCGUUAGCCGGCAGGAUAUUUCAUGUUCAUAAAAAUGGGUUGUUUAUGUUCAAAGCUUUUUUUAUGGCGAAGACCAAGACAUGAAGAGUUACAAGAAGAACAACCGAAGCAGUUUUCAUGGGAUAAGAGAAGGGAAGGAUUGAGGAAAGAAGAUUAUAUCAUAAAAGAUCAGAAAGACGCUACAUUAGGCAGAGUUCCUGGUACAGUGAAUGGUCAACAGUUUCUUGUUCAAAACUGUGAGAAUUGUAAUAUUUAUGUGUUUGAUCACUCGGCAGCCAUAAAUGUAGAUGAUUGCGUUAACUGUAAUUUCUUCUUGGGACCAAUUAAAUCAAGUGUAUUCAUAAGAGACUGUAAAAAUUGCAAGUUUAUUCUGUCCUGUCAACAAUUUAGAACUAGAGAUUGUAACAAGAUAGACAUAUUUCUGUGUUGUAAUACACAGCCUAUUAUAGAAGCCUCUUCAGGAAUGAGGUUUGGAUGCUACCAAUAUUACUACCCAGAAUUAGCAGAUCAAUUUAAGUCUGCUGGUGUGACAGUUUUUAAUAAUAACUGGGGAAACAUUCAUGAUUUUACACAAGAUCCUGAUGAACAACAUUUUUCUAAUUUACCAGAGGAUGCUAAAAUAGAUGAUUUUUUGUCAAUUCCAUUAGCAGAAGAAUUUUCCAAAAUGAACAUAUUGUUGGAUGUUGACAAAAGUGUAGUUCCCAAAACACAUGGUAAUCGACGGAAACCUUCUGACGAGUCGACACUGGUUGUGUUCUUCAAUGACGGCAGUUGUUCAGACAGAGCUUUUUCUUUUAUCAAUGCAAUGAGGAGUAAUCAUCUUGAAUGUACACUUAUACAAACUAAAGAGGUAGAACUUAAACCUGAAGACGCCCAACGUGUGUUCAAUGUAGAUUCAUAUAAUAAUAUUGUACAGCAGGGUGCUGUGAUUGGAAUGGAGUAUAAUGGUGAUGAUUGUGUAGAGAAGUGUAAAACAGAAGCUUUAAAUUUCAUGAAAGGUUCUGUUGGACUGGUAUUUGCUAGUCAAAGUCAAUCAGAGGCAGAAAAACAAAUUGAAGACUUCUACAACUUUGCAGAUAUGCAGAUGGCUGUUUGAUAUAUGUUAUUUAUUAUUUAUGACUUUAAGUUUUGUAGUCAUUGUUAUCCAGUCAAUUUUCACAUAUCACAAAUGAUUUGUUGUGUCUAUUUAAUGGCAUUAUUUCCAGAUUUAUUUUCAUAUAAAAUCAUUCAUUAGGAUUAAGUACAAUUUGAUAAGUUUGCCAUGGUAAAAUUUUGAAAUCUUAGAAAAAAAUAUGAAUUAUAAGGGUUAUUGAAGAAGUGACCACAUGGGCAAGGUUAGACCUACUCAUUUUCCAACCCCAAUCAUCCACAGAGUUUUCAAUGAUUUUUGUCCAGAAAUUUCAGUUUGAAAAUACCCUAAUUAUUUUUUUAAAACAUCUCUCAAUCCCUUUAUUUGUUGAUUUCUCUCUCUAAACAUAUUUCAGAAAAUUACACUUAACAUUUUAAUCUCAAGUUAGAUGAAGAUGUUUAAUGAUCAAAGUUUCUUGUACUGAUAUUGCAGAAAAUAUAGCUCAAACAUUCAAAUGGUAAAAUGGAAAAUUGAAAUAAUUUUGGAAAUUGCCAGAUUCAGAAAAAGUUCACUUACAAAUUUUAAAGUCAUUUGAUUUUAAUGUAACACAGGAAAUCUAAAAGUUCAAAAUAUGUGAUUUUACCCUAAAUUAUGUUUAUAUUCCGGAUAUGAAUAAUUUAUGUAAUUGAAGUAUUUGAUAGACAAAUAAGAUUGAGAUAAAAAACAGCCGAACUGUUUUAGCUGUUAAUAUUAGUUAUUUCCUUUUCUCACCAAAACAAUCGGUUCUGUUGAAUCACAUCAAAAUCAAAUCAGUUAAAAGUAUAUUUUCCUCAUCUGUUGAAAAGUAUUUUCUAUAAUAUACAAUACAUUUGCAUAUGAUUGAUUUGUUUUUUUCACAUAGAAGUUGUCAAUGACAUUCAUCAUUGUUUAGUUUUGUAAGAUUUAGUUAUACUUUUAUUUAUGCAUAUUUUUUGUUAAAUUCCAUUUUCUUUCAGUAUAAAAAUUAGUAAAAUUAUAUUUUUGAUAGAAAAAUGAAAAGAUAGGAUUUUUUUUCACUUUUUGUUUUUUCUUCAAGUCUGUCAUUAGACUCUUUGAACACAGAACAACUGAUCAUUAAUACCAUAAAAACAUACAUUCUGUAUUAAAAUUAACUUUUGAACAUUCCACACACUAAAAUAUGACCUAUUACCCUGUUAAUAUUAAAGAUGUUAAUUUUCAAUUGAUGUAUUUGUUAUUUGGAAAAUUAUGUCGGAUAGGUUUGGCAAAAACGAGAACUUGUAUUUUACAUUUUGGUAGCAUUAUUUGUAUGCAGCAUUUAAAGAAAUCCCAUUUUUAUGCCCCUGCCGUAGCGGAGGGGGCAUUAAGUUUUACCCUUGUCUGUCUGUCUGUACGUACAUCCGUACAUUCCGAAUUUGGUUUCCUUUCUCUUACUUGAGUUUGCCUCAACCAAAUGUUAUGAAAGUUAUACACAAUGCUUAUUACCACAAAACACAGAUCAGGUUUGUAUUUUGGUGGCGUCACUUUAACCGUUCUAGAGUUAUGUCCCUUUAUAAAUGGAAAAAAAUGCAAAAUUUUUAGUUUCCGUUCUCUAACUUAAGUUGCCUCAACCAAAUGUUAUGAAACUUAUACACAAUGCUUUUUACCACAAAAUACAGAUCAAGUUGAAUUUUGGUAGCGUCACUUUAAUCAUUAUCGAGUUAUGCCUUUCCGUUCUGUAACUUAAGUUUGUAACUUAAGUUUGCCCCAACCAAACAUUAUGAAACCUAUACACAAUACUUAUUACCUUAAAACUCAGAUCAAGUACAAAUUUGGGUAGGGUCACUUUUAUCGUUCUUGAGUUAUGUCCCUUUAUAAUGUUGUAUGCAAGCGGGGGGCAUCAUCUGUGUCCAUGGGGACACAUUCUUCAUAUAUUGUUUUUUGAAACAACCUCAAUAUUGAAUGCAGGGAAUUUAAAAAUAAAAAAGUACAUGUCUUCAUAUACCACAUGAAAAGAUUAUUUUACAUAUUUAUGCAUGCUCAAAGACUGUAUUUUUUUCAAAAAAGUGAAUAAUUUCAUAUGUUUAUUGUUUAAUUAAAAAAUACAUUUAUCAUAAAUCUUUUAAAGAAGUGCAAUUUUCAUUUGUAAUUAUUGAAGGACAUUUUACUGUUGAAGUGGUAUAUUGUUUUUGUAAUGUUUGAAGGUGUUUAGCAAUAUUUCAUCUAUAAAUGUUCUAAUUACUGAAUUAAUGUUCCAUCCUAUUUUAAAGGCAAAAAAUUAUUGCCAUUAUAGUUGGAUUGGUAUCGAACUUGACUUAGAUGCUAAUAAUGUAAAUUCACUAAUAUUUGUGAUGUUUUUGUUAUUACUAAAAUAACAAUGGGAUAGGUUUCUCAAAAAUAAAAAAUAAUUAUAAAAAUUAUAAAUUUUGACAGCAUUAUUUAUUUGGCAUAACCUAAAGAAUUUAUCUCACAUCUUUGUCCCUUGUUUAACAUUCACAAUGAUAAAUGCACACACAAAUUUCUGAUUUUGCAUUAACCACUUUUAAAGAGUUGCAUAUUUUUUUUAAUUCAAUUAGAAAGUUUUUGCAAGAGCUUUAUUGUUUGUUCCAUACAUCCAUUCAUGGGAUGCCCAAAUUAUCAACUUUUGUAAAUGUAAUAGAUAUACAUUUAUAGCAUAUGUGACUUCAAUAUCUCAUAAUAUGGAUGAUUUUUGUCAAGCCUGCGACUUUUGUCGCAGAAAGCUCGACAUAGGGAUAGUGAUCCAGCGGCGGCGGCGUUAGCUAACUUCUUAAAAGCUUUAUAUUUUAGAAGGUGGAAGACCUGGAUGCUUCAUACUUUGUAUAUGGAUGCCUCAUGUUACGAAGUUUCCGUCAGUCACAUGUCCAAUGUCCUUGACCUCAUUUUCAUGGUUCAGUGACUACUUGAAAAAAAAGUUAAUAUUUUUUGUAAUUUUAAAUUCUCUCUUAUUAUAAGUAAUAGGAUAACUAUAUUUGGUAUGUGCGUACCUUGCAAGGUCCUCAUGCCUGUCAGACAGUUUUCACUUGUCCUCGACCUCAUUUCACGGAUCAGUGAACAAGGUUAAGUUUUGGUGGUCAAGUCCAUAUCUCAGAUACUAUAAGCAAUAGGUCUAGUAUAUUCUAUGUAUGGAAGGACUGUAAGGUGUACAUGUCCAACUGGCAGGUGUCAUCUGACCUUGACCUCAUUUUCACAAUUCAUUGGUCAAUGUUUAGUUUUCUUGGUUAAGUCUGUUUCUUAGAAACUAUAAGCAAUAGGUCAACUAUAUUUAGUGUAUUGAAUGAUUGUAAGGUGUACAUUUAUUUCUCGUUUGGUUUAUAUGACCUUGACUUCAUUUUCUUGGAUCAUGUUAAGUUUAUGUAAUAGUUGUAGUAAAGCUUUCAUUUAGGACUAUCAACAUAAUAUCAAUGGUUAGUAAAGAAGGCGAGACAUUUCAGUGUGUGCACUCUUGUUGGAAAUUUAAUGAACUUUUCCUUUUUGUUGCUUGUGUUAAUUCCAAUAUUAUGACACAUAUAUUUAAAAACAUAGAUAGUCACUUUUAUUUGUGAAAAGUUUUUUUUGCAAGAAAUUAUCACUGAAAGGUACUCAAAAUUGAAUUUAUUUUAAAAAUGUGUUGAUAAUCGAGAAAUUUUGUAAUGUUGGACAAUUUAACAAUAUGAAAAGUUACAUGUACAUGCAUUAAUAUUUAGAUUAUAUUUGAUUCCAGCAACUUUUUUUCUGAAAUUUACAAGGGGAAUCAAAGUAUUGUCAUCAAUUUUGUACUGACAUUGUGGUUCAAAUGACUGAAAGUAUGAUAAUGAUUUGCAUUAAAGCUGUUACAUUCCUUUAAUUAUUAGACACAGAAGGAGGGGUUCUUAGAUGUUAGUUUAUAAAUAUUAUGACAAAGUUAUCUGAGUUAAUUAGUUUCUUCUUGAUAGUGUUUAUAGAUAUAGAAAUUUAGCAUUAAGUUAGAUAUAAUGGGGCUUUAAUAUUUUCAGCACAACCUUUACAGAAAUUUAGUGUGAAGUUAGUUAUAAUGGGGCUUCAAUAUUUCAGCACAAGCUUCUUUACACUGUAUUAAUUCACAAAUAGUUAUCAUUAAUUUACUUAUGCCAAAACACAUGAUAAAAUGUCAGAACAUUUCUACUUAUUGCUAUUGUUUUAUUUUAAUAUACUUUUUUUAGGGGUUGGGGAAUGGGUGUAUUUUUUCUCUAUCAAGAUUUGUGUAAUGGAUUUCAAAUGUUUAACUAGAAAUGUAUAAUUAUCAUGAAAAGGGAAGAUGCAUUGUCAGCUGUUGCUGCUUAAUAAUACCCCCUCUAUAAGUGCACGCCGAUGAGCUAUGGAUGUAAUAAAGCAUCACAGCGUACAGAAUGUUCACAUGAAGCUUGAUAUUAAGUUUCAGGUAGGUCUGUUUUGUAGUUCUGCGAAAAAUGCAACUUAAAUAUCAUAGGACUGGAGGACAGAGGUUAACUAGUAUACCCAUCCUUUGGUAAAAUCAUAUUUUGUUAUUGUGCUGUUAUUUUUUUAUUUAGCCAAACUGGCACUUACUUUUUGCCCUUUUCAUUGAUAAGAUCAAGAGAAUCUCCCUAAUAACAUUUAUUUUAUUACAUUACAAAGAAUGUCACCAAGCCACAAAUCUGAUUUGUACAUCUGAUUAAUUUAUCAUAUGUUUUGUUUUUCAUUUCAAUGAGUUUAUUGGGCCAAAAAAAACUUAAAAAUAAGAGUACAUUCCUUUUUGAGAAGUAAAUAUUAUAGUUUAAUUGUUUUUGUUUAUUUUUGAUUUUAUUCAGUGUUGAUUUGUAUUGCUUACAUCUUCAGUGUUUGAUAUGUAUUCCAGUCGCUGUGAAAUCUUAUUGUCAUGAUAUGGAAGAAAAAAAUUCAUGAAUAUUCAUCUGUCACGUGUAUAAUUGAACAUGUUCCGUCCACCUUUCGGCUCAUAGAUCUGAAAUUUUGUAAUGCAUUUUAUUUUAUAUUUAUUUGUUGUGAUAAUUUUGUUUUAAUUUUAAAUGUCAAGUUAGAACUAUAAUGAAAUACAGUUGAAAAUCUU